CUCGCCCAUGCGCACCCAGCAAGACUGCAAACUGUCCGACAGUCCGUGAAGGCAGCACAGUCACCCCGCAGGCGGCGGGACAGCGGGGUGGUACACGCACGCUCCGCCGCAGGAAAACUGGAUCGUGACCACCGCUACAGCCGAUUGUUAACCUUUAAUUCAUGUUUUAACACCUGGACUCUGUGGCCGAGUCAAACUGGGAGGAGUUCACUGUGAGGAACCGGCGAGAAGACGAAGACGACGAGGAGGAAGAGGAGUCGCAGCUUGGGACCAGAGCCGGUCCAGCGGUCCAGCGCUCUGCUCAGCUCGGCGGUCAUGUUCGGCACCAGAAAGACUUGGGACCUUGGCCACACCCCCUUCCUGCAAGAGCUCUGGAAGAAAGACCUCUCAUUGGACGCGAGCUCAUUGGACUUCUUGAUGAGUGAUGAAGAGGACGGCUCCUUCCUGUCUCUGCCCACCACUGCCUUCUCUCAGCGCCCCUCUCUGACCACAGAGCUGAGCGAAACAAACGCACCCAGCCAGCAGCUGCUCAUCCAGACUUUACAGGACCAAGUGUGUGAGAUUCAGACUCGUCUUCAGUCUGAAGAAGUCGCUCGACACCUGCUGCUCCAGCAGCUCCAUCAGCAGAGUAUCCAGGAGACGUCGUUUGGAGGCGCUGAGAGGCUGCAGGAGGAGCGGCUGUCAGCAUCGCCCAACGGUGUGAGGGUGUCGCGGCGCGGUGAGCAGCCGACAGGUCGUCCCAGCGGUCCAGAAGAAGAGCAGCUCGUCACUCGGCUGCGCAUACAGGUGGAGGAGCUGGAGGAGAAGCUGUUGGAUCAGACUCAGGAGGUGGAGAGACUUCGCUCGGAACUGGGGGCGACAGACCUGGAGAAGCAGCUGGAGCUGCUGCUGGUGGAGAAUGAGCAUCUGAAGCAGGAGCUGAAGUCAUGCAGGAGCUCACAACUUCAGAAACUCGACACAGCUGCAGAGACCUGCAGCUCCAGCCACUGCCCUCACAGACAGGAUGUGGAGUCCCUGCGGAGGGAGGUGUCCCGCUGGGAGAGCCAGGCCCGGCAGAGGGAGCGGCGGCUAGCUGAGCUGGAGCAAGAGCUACUGGAGAAAAGCUCCAGGGUGGAGAUUCUCCAUCUGCAGCUGGAUGACAGCCGGAGGCAGCUGGAGGAGUCGGGGCGGAGGCAGGGGGAGGAUGAGCAGGAACUCGCCCUCCGACUGCAGGAGUGUGAGGAGGAGCUCGCCAUACAGGCAGCAGAGCCCCCCAGAGACAAGUAUGCGACUCAGAUGGUGGAGGUGGAGUUGGCCGACUCCCAGAGAGCGCUGGCUGAGACGCAGACGAAGAAUGGUGCCCUGCAGGAGCAGCUCUCCGCCCAGAGGCAGCUGCUGAGAGAGCUGGAGACACAGCUGCACGAGUCGCAGAGGACCUGCGCUCAGCUGCGCACACAGAUCCAUGUGUAUGAAGGAGAGAUGCAGCGUGCUCAGGGUCAGCUGGAGGUGGAGAUGCAGAACCUGGAGGAGGAGAAGAACCGAGUGAUCGAGGAGACGUUCAUCAGAGCCGAGAGCGAGAUGAAAGUCGUCCACGAGAACCUGGCAGGAGUGCGCGUGAACCUGGUCAACCUGCAGCGGGCGCUCAGGACUCUCACCUGUGACUACAAGUGUCUGAAGAGGCAGGUGCAGGACUUUCCCUUCAUGCUGGACAAAGCUAUCGCAGAGGCGAAGCAGGAGAUCUGUCGGGUGAUCAGUGACGUGAGCAACACCAACCAGGAGCUGCUGCGCAAAUACAAGAGGGAGAUGAACCUGAGGAAGCAGUGUCACAACGAGCUGGUUCGACUCAAAGGUAACAUCCGUGUUUUCUGCCGUGUGCGGCCGGUCAGUCAGGAGGAGCAAGACUCAGCCGACGCCAAGACCAUGCUGAGCUUUGACUCGGAUGACGACGCCAUCCUCUACCUCUCCAAUAGGGGCAAAAUCAUGACCUUUGAACUGGACAAAGUCUUCCCUCCUCAGGCGUCGCAGGAAGAGGUGUUUCAGGAGGUCCGGUCUCUGGUCACUUCCUGUAUUGAUGGCUUUAACGUCUGCAUCUUCGCCUAUGGACAGACGGGCUCUGGGAAAACCUAUACCAUGGAGGGCGAGGUCGACGACCCCGGCAUCAACCAGCGAGCUCUUCGCCUGCUGUUCUCUGAGGUGACGGAGAAAGACUGGGACUACAAGAUCACAGUCAGCAUGGUGGAGAUAUACAAUGAGAUGCUGCGGGACUUGCUGGGGGAAAAUCCCACCGACAAACUCGACAUCAAGCUGAAUCCUGAUGGCAGCGGACAGCUCUAUGUCCCUGGACUGAAGGAGGUCAUCGUGCAGAGCCCCGAGGACAUCAACAGGGUGUUGGAGUUGGGUCACAUCAACAGAGCAACAGCCUGCACCAACCUGAACGAACACAGUUCUCGAUCUCACGCUCUGCUUAUCAUCACCGUGUCGGGAUUCAACUCCACUACUGGAAACCGCACACAAGGUAAGCUGAACCUGGUGGACCUGGCGGGCUCGGAGCGGAUCGGUAAAUCGGGGGCGGAGGGCUGCCGUCUGCGAGAGGCUCAGUGCAUCAACAAAUCUCUGUCAGCGCUCGGAGACGUCAUCAACGCUCUGCGGAGCAAACACUCCCAUGUCCCGUUCCGGAACUCGCGCCUCACCUACCUGCUGCAGGACUCUCUGAGCGGAGACAGCAAGACCCUGAUGAUGGUGCAGGUGUCUCCACUGGCCGCUAACAUGAGCGAGUCGGUCUGCUCGCUCAAGUUCGCACAGCGCGUUCGCUGCGUCGAGCUGAGCUCCUCGUCCUCCAGGAGACAUGAGAACUCGUCCACCUCGUCCUCGCCCACCCACGACAGCGUUGAGCUGGACUCUCCCCCAGUCACCCCAGUCCCUCUCCCCAUCUCUCGGGCCAGCAGCGCCGGCUCCACCCUCUCCUCCACCUCCAGAGCUCCCACCGGCUCCCGCAGGAGGUCCCAGUCCCAACUCGCCACAGGUCUGAACUGUAAGAGUGAAGGAGGAGUUUCCCAGCAUCACCUGCUAUCAGUCUGCUCCUCUUCCUCUUCUGUGUCCUCACUCUGUGGUCUGGUUGGUUGGUUUGCAGACAGACAGGUAGACAGAGCCAGCCCAUUGGUGGGGGACGGUGGGCAGGGUGUGGGUGUUGUGAGUGAGUUGGUGUCUGGAUGUGCCCUGUGUUCCGGCUGGAUGUCCUGCCGCUGA